CAACGGCGCUCGCAAUGGCCUCACUCCUCGCAGUGGCGUUUGCUCUCCCGGGCACCCAGACUGGCCGCUCCGCCGUGCUGACGCGGCGCGGCGCCGUCGGUGCGCUUGUUGCCGCCGCCGCGCCAGUCGCGGUCUCUGCGGAUGGAGCCAACUCCAAGGCCACCGUGGACAAGGCGCGGGCUAUUUACGGCAGCCGGGUCGUGCGGUUGGCGAGUGCAAGCCCCGAAGCCAUCAUCGAAGACCAGAACGCAAUCACGCUCUUCAUUUCCGGUGCCUACCGGGCGGGGCCGAACGGAAACACGCAGGACAAGGCCAUCUCCAAGCAGCUUCUGGCGCUGAAGAAGACUGCCCUCGACGGCGCCAAAUCGGGCGACGCGGCAAAAGCACAAGGUGCGCUCAAGGAGAUGAUCGCGAUCGCCAAGCUCACCGAACAGGACGGCUACGACGGCAACUACAACCCGAAGCAGCGCAGGAACCCGGGCGCCCCCCCGACCGAGGCCAUCGUCGCUCAGAUGGGCAGCGAAGCGUACGCGCUUUACGACCGUUACGACGCGCGCUCCGCAGGCGCGCCACAGAAGAAGUGAUGGCCCGUCCACACACGUGGAUCGUGCGGCUACAACUCUAGUAUCACAGGUCGCGCGGGCGGCGGCACGGCUUAACGCGCUCCUCUGACCGGUGCGAUUGAGGGUUCUGCCGGUUCGCCGUGGGUUGGGAGCGGUGGCGCGCAGCCGGGGCUCCGGCUCAGGUCGUGGGGCAUAGCUCGGGUGUAAACGGGGUCUGGGGAGGAAGCCCCAGCGGCCCGCCGCAGGCGCCGCCGGAGGCUGGCCCGCCGCAGGCGCCGAUUUUUUGGCGUUUUUUCUCAAAAUUGAGGGAUUUCUCAUCU